AUGGCCUCUCCUUCUGAUAUCGUUAUCCACAACGGCGCCGCCGCGCAAUACCAGCAGCAGCAGAAUCUCAACUUGCAUUCCCUCCCCCCAGCCCCCGCCGAAUCUCAAGUCGCAGUUGGCCGCCCCCGUCGAAGGUCUUCAUCCGGGGACCGACACAGCAAGGUCUACGGCAGGGGAAGGCGGGUGCGGUUGCCGGCGCUCUGCGCUGCUCGUAUCUUCCAGCUAACCAAAGAACUCGGCCACCGCUCCGACGGCGAGACCAUUGAGUGGCUGCUCCACCAGGCAGAGCCCUCCAUCAUAGCCACUACUGGCACCGGGACCGUACCGGCCGCCCCCAUCUCUUCCUCCGCCCCGGUGACCGCUUCUCCGCCGUCCAUCUCCUGCCCUGUCUUCACGCCGCCUCCUAGCUGCCGUCUCGGCUUGGAGUACCGAAGCAUGCCUUUCACCGCUCUUUUGCUACAGCCACUGCCCCCCGGUCCCGGUGAAGGACGGCGUCAGCAGGAACAGGGUCAUGGACAUGGAGAGAGCAAGGAACAAGAGGCAUAA